CGUUGAGCACAUGUAUUUCCAUUGUUAGAGUGGUCACUCGGCUCUCUUGUCAAUAUAAUAAAUACUCUUUGCUUCAGGUCAGUGGGAUCGUCAUCAAAUUAUCUGCCUAGUUCCUGUUGAUAUUCUAAAGGUGAUUGGCUACGCUCUGUGAAGGUGGAAUUCACUGACGUAUUCCGUUUGGGACAAUAAAUAGAGCGAACAAAGCUCCUUCUAGUUCACAAGUCUGAGAAGACGCAUGAAGAAGUUCUUGCUUCAACAGUGAUUGAACGGAACUCCUCUGCCUUCGUCUCCCAAUAUUGAACAUUCCGGAUUGAUAACGUAACACUUACUUGAACUGUAAUAGCAAAAUAGUCGAAGAAACUCUAUUUUUGUACCGUUAAUUUUGAUAUAAAAGAAAAUCUGCCAAAAUGGAGUCUCAGAUCCGCCAGAACUAUCACCACGAUUGCGAAGCUGCCAUCAACCGGAUGAUCAACUUGGAGAUGUUUGCCUCCUACACCUACACUUCAAUGGCUUUCUAUUUCUCCCGUGACGAUGUGGCUCUGUCUGGCUUCGCGCAUUUCUUCAAGGAGAACAGCGACGAGGAGCGAGAGCACGCCGACAAGCUACUCUCCUUCCAGAACAAGCGAGGUGGACGCAUUUUCCUCCAGGACAUCAAGAAGCCAGAACGUGAUGAGUGGGGCAAUGGGCUGGAGGCCAUGCAGUGUGCUCUGCAGCUGGAGAAGAAUGUGAACCAGGCCCUGCUGGACCUGCACAAGAUUGCCUCUGACAAGGUUGACCCCCAUCUGUGUGACUUCCUGGAGACCCAUUACCUGAAUGAGCAGGUGGAGGCCAUUAAGAAGCUGGGAGACCACAUCACCAACCUCACCAAGAUGGAUGCUGUCAAAAACAAGAUGGCAGAGUACCUGUUUGACAAGCACACCCUGGGAGGCCAGAGCUAAACCACUUCCAUCCCCAGGCUACGGCCUCCAGCCUCAGACCAGGACUCCUGGUCUUUCUGCUCUAUUCUGCUGGCUUUGCAUUUAUAAGGAGGGGAGAGCAUAACAGCUGUAAUGUUGACAAAUUUGUUAUUGGCAGGGAGGUGUAUUGUAAAAGUUUGUACUAUUCCGUUGCGCUGUCUUACUGAGCAUUUCAAUACUUAAAACACAAGGAUCUUUUUCACUAGGUGUGACUUCUCAUAUUGAAGUUGAGGAAUAAAACCUUUUUUGAGCUGGA